AUGUUUAAGGAGUUCGGUCAAACCUUGAUCUUAGAAGGCACAGCUUGCUUGGGUAAGACAACUGUUCUACAGAGACUGGCUGGAGAAGGAUUUUCAGUUGUCGUUGGUGACUACGCGGAAGAUUGCAUACAGUACAACGUAUUUCGAGAUAAGGAUCUCAAUAAUGUACUGGAAUUAGCCUACAUGUUAUUUCAGUUUAGUAAACUGAAACCUAACACACUGCAUGACAGAGGACCGUUGAGUUCUUUAGCAUAUAGAAUGGUUCACGACAUUCUGAAUCGUCGACAUUCACUACAGGAUUUCGAGAUUUUGUUUGCCCAGCUACCUGCUCAAUUGUGGAACACCUUUCGUCAAUUAAACACUUUCAUGGUGGUUGAACACGAUAUUAAAGGGGGCUUACAGAGAAUGAUCCUUCGGAACAAUGGAAUUGACGUAAUGAGUGAGGAGUAUAUUGAUGUUCAGAAUAGAGUCUUCGAAUUCCUAGCGAAUUACACUGGGGCUAAGGUUAUUGUCCACAAGCAAGGAGAAUCAAUGGAGGAAUGGAUUAACGCUUUAUGCGAGGUAAUCAGAACAACCUUACUCAAUGAUCUAAGAGAGGAGGAAUGA